CAGACUACAACAAGCACAGGACCAACGACAGUAGAAACAACUUCAUCUACAGCUACUUCAGCUCCAACCAGUACAAUUCAGGAACCUACAACUACAACAGUAACGACAGCAACAACUGAACUGACCACUAGCACUCUAUCCACAACAGAAGCUACAUCAAGCACACAGCCAACAACUGAACAAACAACUGCAGCUACAACAACUGUAGCCUCCACCACUACAACUCAGGAACAAACAACAACAGUGGAAACAACCACGGCUACAACUCCAACCACAACAAGUGAGACAGCAACAACUACAGAGGAAACAACCACAGCUACAACUACAACUUUAAAUACAGCAGCAACAACAGAAUUAACCACUUCCACAGUACCAACUACACAGACUACAACAAGCACAGGACCAACGACAGUAGAAACAACUUCAUCUACAGCUACUUCAGCUCCAACCAGUACAAUUCAGGAAGCUACAACUACAACAGUAACGACAGCAACAACUGAACUGACCACUAGCACUCUAUCCGAACAAACAACAACAGUGGAAACAACCACGGCUACAAGCAUACCAUCAACUACAACACCAACAACAGAACAAUCAACUAUACAGGCUACAACAAUCACGGGACCCUCAACAGCAGAAACAAGUGCAUCUACAACUACUCCAGCUCCAACCACAACAAGUGAGACAGCAACAACUACAGAGGAAACAACCACAGCUACAACUACAACUUUAAAUACAGCAGCAACAACAGAAUUAACCACUUCCACAGUACCAACUACACAGACUACAACAAGCACAGGACCAACGACAGUAGAAACAACUUCAUCUACAGCUACUUCAGCUCCAACCAGUACAAUUCAGGAAGCUACAACUACAACAGUAACGACAGCAACAACUGAACUGACCACUAGCACUCUAUCCACAACAGAAGCUACAUCAAGCACACAGCCAACAACUGAACAAACAACUGCAGCUACAACAACUGUAGCCUCAACCACUACAACUCAGGAACAAACAACAACAGUGGAAACAACCACGGCUACAAGCAUACCAUCAACUACAACACCAACAACAGAACAAUCAACUAUACAGGCUACAACAAUCACGGGACCCUCAACAGCAGAAACAAGUGCAUCUACAACUACUCCAGCUCCAACCACAACAAGUGAGACAGCAACAACUACAGAGGAAACAACCACAGCUACAACUACAACUUUAAAUACAGCAGCAACAACAGAAUUAACCACUUCCACAGUACCAACUACACAGACUACAACAAGCACAGGACCAACGACAGUAGAAACAACUUCAUCUACAGCUACUUCAGCUCCAACCAGUACAAUUCAGGAAGCUACAACUACAACAGUAACGACAGCAACAACUGAACUGACCACUAGCACUCUAUCC